AGGAGGUUGAGGCUUGGGCCUGUACCGGAACGGGGAGCGGGCUGUACACUGACCGUUAACCAUGAAGAUUGAGGAGGUCAAGAGCACCACCAAGACCCAGCGGAUCGCCAGCCACAGCCACGUGAAGGGGCUCGGCUUGGACGACAAUGGGCAGGCCAAGGUGGCGGCCGCCGGCCUGGUGGGCCAGGAGAACGCCAGGGAGGCUUGUGGAAUUAUAGUGGAACUGAUUAGAAGUAAGAAAAUGGCUGGCAGGGCUGUAUUGUUGGCUGGACCCCCAGGAACUGGCAAGACGGCCUUAGCUCUGGCCAUUGCACAGGAGCUGGGAAACAAAGUCCCAUUUUGUCCCAUGGUGGGAAGUGAAGUUUAUUCGACUGAAAUCAAGAAAACUGAAGUAUUAAUGGAAAACUUCAGGCGAGCAAUUGGCUUAAGGAUAAAAGAAACAAAAGAGGUUUAUGAAGGCGAGGUCACAGAGCUGACCCCUUGUGAGACGGAGAAUCCCAUGGGUGGUUAUGGAAAGACAAUUAGCCAUGUUAUCAUUGGGCUAAAGACAGCAAAAGGCACCAAGCAGCUGAAGCUUGAUCCUAGUAUUUAUGAGAGCCUGCAGAAGGAACGUGUUGAAGUCGGUGAUGUGAUUUACAUUGAAGCAAACAGUGGGGCUGUGAAGAGGCAGGGCAGGUGUGAUACAUAUGCCACGGAAUUUGACCUUGAAGCUGAAGAGUACGUUCCCUUGCCAAAGGGUGAUGUCCACAAGAAGAAAGAGAUCAUACAGGAUGUGACUCUGCAUGAUCUAGAUGUAGCGAACGCAAGACCUCAGGGAGGUCAAGACAUCCUGUCCAUGAUGGGUCAGCUAAUGAAACCAAAGAAGACUGAAAUUACAGACAAAUUGCGAGGUGAGAUUAACAAGGUUGUUAACAAAUACAUCGAUCAAGGCAUUGCUGAGCUGGUUCCAGGAGUUCUCUUCAUCGAUGAAGUUCCUAUGCUUGACAUAGAAUGUUUCACUUACCUGCACCGAGCACUUGAGUCCAGCAUUGCUCCCAUUGUUAUUUUUGCUACGAAUCGAGGAAACUGCGUUGUUAGGGGUACAGAGGAUAUAGUGUCACCUCAUGGAAUUCCACUUGAUCUUUUAGACCGAGUCAUGAUCAUCAGGACAAUGUUAUACACUCCAGAUGAGAUGAUGCAGAUAAUCAAGAUUCGAGCACAGACAGAAGGCCUCAGCAUCAGUGAGGAUGCCUUGGUUCACCUAGGGGAAAUUGGCACCAAGACAACCCUGCGGUACUCUGUGCAGCUCCUGACCCCAGCUAGCCUGCUGGCAAAGAUCAAUGGGAAAGAUAGCAUCGAGAAGGAGCAUGUGGAGGAAAUCAGUGAACUGUUCUACGAUGCCAAAUCAUCUGCUAAGGUUCUUGCUGAACACCAAGAAAAGUACAUGAAAUGAGAAGUUUGUUAUUGAGCCGACGGAAGUGAAAAUGCAAAUGUCGGGAAUCUAAAAUAGCAGGCUGCUGUGGAAAUGCAGGUCUACCAACAUGGAAGGAGGUUACAUGGCAACAUUUGGGACAUGGUGUGUCUGUCAAAACCAGUUUUAUAAGAAAAGAUGUGUUAAUGUGUUAUGUAUGUUAAUUGAAUAAAUGUUUUUGAAAAAAUCUGUCAGGAAUUCAUAAUUUGUGCUCUCUCCUUUCAAGGAACUUCAUUUGGGUGAGAUAUCCUAGAAAGAAGGGCUGGGCAGUCAGCUCCUCAAAUGUGUUCCAUUGUUUGAGGGCCCUGAUGCCUUACAAAAAAGCUCCGGGGAUAUCUGUGAUUAUCUCAUGGCCCCAGUUUCCAGAGAAAAGACAGCGAGGAUUUCCGAAACUGAAACUUCUAGAUUCCACGUACGAGCAGUUAAAAGUGGAAGUUCAGGUGUUGCUGCCAGUGACUUUAUACUUACCCAUAGUAUGUGCUAGAAUGCCCCUUCAACUGUAGUUAAUUGGAAAUCCCUGAACUGUCAAGACCAUCAUUUUGACAGCGAUAACCUUACUAUUAAAGCCAUUGAUAAAGCUGCGUCUUGCUGAAGGAGAUGUAAUUAGGUUUUCAAUGGCACAUUAAAUCCAUAAUCAUAGCUGAACAACAUCUCUGGUCCUGAAAGUCACUCAUUAUGAUUGUGGAAUGUUAAUUUUCCCCAUUAUAACUUUGUUUCUGUCUUAAUUCCAUAUGUAUUUCCCAAUCUUUAGUUUGCUCUCUGUAAAUUGAUAUUAUGAAGUGAAGGAUAAUCACUGAUUUAACUUGUUAAGUUAUUGUCUAUGAGCAUUCUUCUUUGUGAUUGGCCUGCUUGGUUAUAUCAUGGUUGAUGGUUGUCUAGAUCGCUCCUCACCGUGAUGUCAGAUUCCUAUUUAAGGCUGGAAAUAUCAAAUCCAAGCCACAGAUUGCAGGAUCUUUGUGGGCUGGUUCCUUUGACAUAAAUGGCAAGCCAUGGUGUGGAGGUGCCGGAGUGGGGUAGACAAAGUUAAAAGCCACACAACGCCAGGUUAUAGUACAACAGGGUUUAUUUGGAAACAUUUCCAGAGAAACCUGUUGGGCCAUAACCCGGUGUUGUGAUUUUUUACAACUAAAUGGCAAGCACAGACGCUAUAUUGCAAGAUCUGUGCCAAUAUUUAUGGUUGAAACAGGCCAUUUGGCCCAGCUACAUCAUAUCCAUGAUCUUCUUCCCACAUUUCUACAUCUGACUCUGCCAGCACACAGUUUGAUUCCAUUCUUCAUGAGUCAGUCCUGAGAGUUCCACUUCCAUUAUAGUUGCCUCAACUACCUUCUGUGGUGGUGGGGUAUAAGGGUCAAAUCUUUCUCGCUUCAAAUAAUGUUGAUCUUGGUAAUGUUGAUCAUGCUUUGUGCACCUCCUUUGCAGCUGUAACCUUGUAUGCCUCGUUCCGUCUCAGCAUCUUACGAUCUGUAUGUCCUUGUUUGCUAUGAUUUGUUUGUACUGCUCACAAAACAAAACUUUUCGCUGUACUUAGGU